UUCCCACGCCGCCGCGGACAUGAAUGACGACGAAGAAGGAGAAGCAGAAAGACGGAGGACGAGUGUCCACUUCCACGCGUGAGCAGAUGUCAGGACGCCCACCAAGUACUCUUUUAUUAUCAUUUUCAAUCCAAACAAUCCUCUUUUGUGGGAGCGGAAUCACUGCUCGCUAGCUUCGGCUGUCAGCCAAUCAGCGUCCACCCCAGCCCCUACGUAGGCAAGAAACCACGCCCCUUGUUCCGGACUGCGAGCUGGAACAUUUUGUUUUUUUGCAGCCGCAAAUCUGUCCUCUGCUCCUCUUUCUCUUCUUAAUCUCUCCUCUGCUCCUCUGCUCCUGUCUCCCGGCUCCCGUCUCCUGUCUCCCGUCUCCCGUCUCCCGGGUCCCCGCGACCAAGUGCGGCCACACGGCAAGCAAGCGAUGCCUGCCUCGUCAAAGAUGAGAAGCAUCUCGCUGUAGAAAUGGAGGUUUGCGAGCGGAAACCGGGGAUGAAGGUGUGCCGGAGCCAUGUGGCCAAAGUCCUCCGCUGCCUCAAGGUGGAGGACAAUAACAAGCACCCGGAGCCCAUGGACCUGGACCUGGACCGGGACCAGGACCAGGACUACUGCUUCUCCGUCAGCUUCCUGCGGACAGGUAGGCCCACCUCGUCCUCCUCGCCCCCCCGCUACACCUUGAUCCGGGAGGUGGGCCGGGGCAGCUACGGGGUGGUCUACGAGGCCCUGGCCCGGACCAGCGGAGCCCGCUUGGCGGUGAAGAGGCUCCAGUGCGACGCCCCGGAAAAGGUGGAACUGGCUUUGGCCGAGUUCUGGGCCCUGACCAGCCUGGAGAACCGACACCAGAACGUGGUCCAGCUGGAGGAGUGCGUCCUGCAGAGGAACGGACUGGCCCAGAAGAUGAGCCAUGGCAACAAGACCUCCAAACAAUACCUGAGACUGGUGGAGACCUCGCUCAAAGGUGAGCGCAUUCUGGGUCACCCAGAGGAGCAGCCCUGCUACCUGUGGUUCGUCAUGGAGUUCUGCGAAGGGGGCGACCUCAACCAGUACAUCCUGUCGCGGCGGCCUGACCCCCAGACCAACAGGAGUUUCAUGCGGCAGCUGACCAGCGCCGUGGCUUUCCUGCACAGGAACAAGAUUGUCCACCGGGACUUGAAGCCCGACAACAUCCUCAUCUCCCAGAAGUCCGGUGCACCUGUUGUCAAAGUGGCGGACUUUGGCCUCAGUAAGGUGUGCGCUGGCCUGAGUUCUAAGAACAGUGAGGAAGUGCAGUCGUCAGGCAGGGGCAGCAACCAGGACUCCAUGGUCAACAUCAACAAGUUGUGGUUGUCCUCGGCCUGUGGCUCGGACUUCUUCAUGGCCCCUGAGGUGUGGGAGGGCCACUACACGGCCAAGGCGGACAUCUUUGCUCUGGGCAUCAUCAUCUGGGCCAUGGUCGAGCGGAUCACCUUCAUCGACGCCGAGUCCAAACGCGAGCUGCUGGGCACGUACAUCCGACAAGGCUCGGAGAUCGUGCCGGUGGGCGAGGCCCUGCUGGAGAACCCCAAGAUGGUCCUCCACAUCCCUCAGAGGGCCCGCAGCUCCAUGUCAGACGGGGUGAAGAAUCUCCUCCAGGACAUGCUGGCCUUCAACCCUCAGGACAGACCGGACGCCUGCCAGCUGGAGGUGCUGAUGGAGCGGGUCACCUGUGCCGCGUGACCCCCCCCCCCUCCUCCUCCUUUUCCAGGUAAGGUGGACU